CCAAAACAAUUCAAACAUUUGCUCCUCCUAUUUAAAUUCUUCGCUUCAGUCCUUUUUUUUUUUUUUAGUUAUUAUUAGCUAUUCAGAAGCUCCCUUGCUUUCAACAGAUGCUCUCAAAAAUUAGGAGUUUAUUUGUAAGUGAAAAUAGGUAGCUGAAUUAGCGAUGGCGGCAGAGCCGAGCCGGAACUCGUUGACGGAAACCGGAAUUCCCACCGGCUUGAACCGGAUUAAGACUCGGCGAGUGGCAUCGUCGAAGGACAAGGAGAGGAGAAGCUCGACAACUGAAGAUUCUGAGAAAUUGAACGCUGACUCUCCUGGCUCCUUGCGGCCUUAUGUCAAGCAGAAGUUCGGAGCUCUGGUUAAAGGACGUGUGAGAAUCAACAGUCCUCGAGAAGGACUGAAAACCAAGAGAAGAGCUAGGUGGUUUACUUCACAUCUCUCUAAGGAUUCUGAUCAAGUGGCAGAUGAUGUGCCCCAACAGCUGGAGUGUAAUGAUUCUCAAACUGGACAGGUACGCACAAUGAUGAAGCAUACAACUGCAAAACAAUCUGCAUUAGAAGUCACAAGCAACCAUAAAAUGCACAAAGGUCUGAAAAGUUUUUCACACGAAUUAGGUCCAAAAGGUGGCAUCCCAUCUGUGCAGCCUCGUGCUCGAAGUUUCAAUGAUAUGAAGGAGCUGCUCAGAUCAUUGCAUUCAAGGUUCGAUGCUGCCAAAGAAGUGGUCAACACAGAGCUUGACUGUUUCUCAAAGGAGUUAAUGGAGAUACUGCAGGAUGAUUCCUUGUCGCAGGAAGGUCAUAGAAUGGCAGAGCAACUUCUCAUUCUUGCCCAAGAAUGCACUGAAAUGGCCGCCUCCAAGUUUCGAACCAAAUGUGAAGAGAUUGUCCAAGAUUUGACUGCAAAGAGGCAGCAAUGUCAAGCAGGAUUGUUGAAAUGGUUGUUGACACGCAUGCUUUUCAUAUUGACAAGGUGCACAAGAUUGUUGCAUUUUGAGAAGGAUGCUGAGCCAGUUGAUGGAAAAUCUCUCCACAAGUUCCAAGAAUGUUUGAAAAGCAUUCCUUCUAUUGAAGUAAAUUGGUUUGUCAAUCAAGAGAUGGCUGGUUCUGAGUCAGAUUAUGCUAUAAACCUUAAGAAUGAUUCUAAAAGAAACCUUCAGAAGAGAAAUCAUGCGUAUACUCUCUUUCGACCUUCCCAGCACAGGUUUGAAGCAGCUGUUCAACAGGUUGAUGCAAUGUUUCCAAAAGAUUUCACGAGCAUUGGACAAAAUUUACCUUCUGAGACCUCCCGUGUCCUUCCCAAUGUCCAAGAAGUGGAUGAAUUGGGUGGCAGAUUUAGUGAAAAAUCAACUAACAGAGCUAGCAUUAACGUGUCUAAGGAGCAGGAAAAUUAUAUGGAGGAUUCUAAUCUAGUAAUAUGCAGGAUAUGUGAGGAACUCGUUCCUAUUACUCAUCUGGAGUCUCAUUCAUAUAUAUGUGCCUAUGCAGACAAAUGUUAUCUGAAUUCUUUAGAUGUAAAUGAGCGUCUUAUAAGACUUGCAGAGCUACUGGAACAGCUAGUAGAGUCUCGUAAUCUCAGCAUUCAAGCUACAGAUGAGAGCCCUGAAUAUUCAAGGAUGCAAUUAGCAGAUUCUGCAGUAGCAUCUGAAGUUUAUUCGCCUAAGGUAAAUGAAUUCCGGAAUAGGGGGAUGGAUGGGAUGUUUGAGGAUAUUCAUGAGAUGGACACUGCCUGUAUAGAAGAUUCCCAAAUCGCAAGUUUUAUUAACUCCAAAGGCUACUGGGGCAGCAAGCUCAAUCUUUAUGGUCCACCUUCUUCAACUGGGAGCAUGACAUCAGCCUCAUCAACAAAUACUCCUAGGGCUGGAAGUUUUGACCUAUUCUGGCUAGAUCACAAUAAUCCAUCUGAGUUGGAGGAUGUAAAACAGAUGGCUGACCUUGCGGACAUUGCUCGCUGUGUGGCAGGCACUGAUCUUUCAGAUGAAGGAUCCAAUGAAUUUCUACUUGCUUGCAUGGAAGAUUUGCAGGAUGUACUGCAACAGAGCAAGCUCAGAGCUCUUGUUGUAGAUACGUUCGGUGGUCGAAUAGAAAAUCUUCUGCGAGAGAAAUUUUUACUUGCUUGCAAUCUGGUGGACCCAAAAAGUGAUAUUCAGCGUCCAGAAAGUGCCAAAAUGCUGCUGGAUAAUGGAUCUCAGAGUAGUACAAUCUCUACACCUUCACAUCCCUUGCAUAAAGAACGAACAAGUAUUGAUGAUUUUGAAAUUAUCAAGCCCAUCAGUAGGGGAGCCUUUGGUAAAGUCUAUCUGGCUCGAAAGCGAACAACUGGGGAUUUGUUUGCAAUUAAGGUGCUCAAGAAAAUGGACAUGUUGCGGAAGAAUGAUAUUGACCGUAUUUUGGCAGAGCGAAACAUCUUGAUAACUGUACGGAAUCCUUUUGUGGUUCGGUUCUUCUAUUCAUUUACCAGUACGGACCAUCUUUACUUGGUAAUGGAAUACCUAAAUGGUGGAGAUUUGUACUCUUUGCUUCAGAAAGUUGGUUGCCUUGAAGAAGAUGUGGCUCGUAUAUAUAUUUCAGAAUUGGUCCUUGCAUUGGAAUACCUUCAUUCUCUGGGAAUUGUGCAUCGUGAUCUGAAACCAGACAACAUAUUAAUUGCACAUGAUGGGCAUAUCAAGCUUACAGAUUUUGGGCUGUCAAAGAUUGGUCUUAUGAACAGUACAAGUGAUUUAUCAAGAUGUGAGACAAAGGAAAAUAAUGUUUCGGGUGAUCAUGGUCAGAACAAUCCAGAUACUGUUGAUAGAUGUCAGCGAUCAGCUGUUGGCACUCCAGACUACUUGGCACCUGAAAUUCUUCUUGGAACACAACAUGGUUAUGCGGCAGACUGGUGGUCUGUUGGAAUUAUACUAUUUGAACUCAUUACAGGAUUUCCACCGUUCACUGCUGAACUUCCAGAGAUAAUCUUUGACAAUAUACUAAACAGGAGUAUUCCUUGGCCUUCUGUUCCUAUUGAGAUGUCCCACGAAGCCCAAGACUUGAUUGACAGGUUUCUUGACCAUGACCCAGAUCUGCGGCUUGGAGCAAAGGGAGCAUCAGAGGUCAAAGCACAUCCCUUUUUCAGGGGAGUUGACUGGGACAAUCUAGCUUUACAAAAGGCUGCCUUUGUACCACAACCUGAAAGUAUGGAUGACACAAGCUAUUUUGUCUCCCGGUAUAAUUCGAUUGGACUACAGGAUGAUGGGGAUUGUAGUGAUACUGCUUCUGAUGUUUCUGAUUUGUGCUCAAAUUCUGGGCUUGAGAAGAUGGACGAAUGUGGUGAUCUUGCUGAGUUCGAUUCUUCUCCUCUUGAUCUUUCUUCGAUUAAUUUUUCCUUCAAGAAUUUGUCGCAGCUGGCAUCCAUCAAUCAUGAUGUGCUGUUACAGGGAGGAAAGGACUCGUCAAAGUGCUCUUCGCCAAGCAGAAAUCCAGAAAAAUAGCGGUUUUUAUUGAUUCAUUUUCAAUUAUAAAGUACCGGGGAACUUGAUUAAUUUGUAAAUCAAAAUGUACAUAAUAGACGCACUUUGGAUUUCUAAAAGCUCAUUUAAGCCCCUUCAAAUGCACUAGGACAUGUACAAAUGUUUUGGGAAAAAGCAUUUUUGAAGACAUUGAUCAGAAAGAACUCGGGACAUGUACAAAGACGUUCAACCGCCAGGACCAUGACAAAACUGCUGUAGAAGCAAAGAUGUAAGAUACCAUUUCAAAAGUAUUCCUAAAAUAACAGAGAGGAGAUCCUCGUAACUAACAUCCUUCAGACAGGAA